UUUGAAAUUCUCAAAAACAUCAACAAAAAAGUUUAGAAACCCGAUAGCUCAUUCGCUGAUAAGUUAUUUAAAAUUGUUUGUUCUUUAACUUUAAAAUUAUUCCAGCAAUCAAUAGUUUUCACAUACAAGCCUAAAAUUACUACUCCCAGAGGCUAGCCUACGAAUUUGUUUUGUGAACUUUCGAAGCAGCAAAAUGCGAACGCAAUAAAUUGAAAAAGGUUCAAUUGAAUUGACUAAUCGAAUCUCGAAUAUUCACAGUCAAUCGGUAGCUAGUGCCUUCAGCCCAGAAAGAACAAAAAAAACAUGGCCUCCCCACGACAACCGAUCGAUGACCUGUACCGGCAGCAGGACUUCUACAUCGGCCUAUCACUAGCCCUGUCCAGCAGUUUUUUCAUCGGGUCCAGCUUCAUCAUCAAAAAGAUUGGGCUGAUCAGACUGUCCCGUGUCGGGUCGAUGCGGGCCAGCGCCGGAGGAUUCGGCUACCUGAAGGAUUGGAUUUGGUGGGCCGGAUUGAUAUCGAUGGGUAUCGGUGAAGCGGCCAACUUUGCAGCCUAUGCUUUCGCUCCGGCAUCCCUGGUCACCCCACUUGGCGCGUUGAGUGUAAUUGUAACGGCCGUCAUGGCUUCUAAAUUUCUUAACGAACGCCUGAAUCUACUUGGAAAAUUGGGCUGCUUCCUGUGUAUUAUCGGGUCAACGAUCAUCGUGAUCCACUCCCCUAAAGAAGGGGAAAUAGAGGAUUUAAACCUUUUGAUGGAAAAACUCCAGGACCCAGUAUUCAUUACAUACGUAUUGAUAAUACUAUCGCUAGCGAUGUUCAUUGGCUGUUGCUGUGGGCCGCGAUACGGUCACAAGAACGUGAUCGUCUACAUUCUGCUAUGUUCGUCGAUCGGUAGUCUCACGGUCAUGUCUUGCAAAGCCCUCGGUUUGGCUCUUAGAGAUACUCUGUCCGGAAAAUCAAACGAUUUUGGCAUGUGGCUGCCAUACUUCCUGAUCAUGGUCACCGUUAUCUUCGUAGCGAUUCAGAUAAAUUACUUGAACAAAGCACUGGACAUCUUCAACACCAGUAUCGUAACUCCGAUCUACUACGUGAUUUUCACAACCUUAGUCAUCACUGCAUCGGCCAUACUGUUCAAAGAGUGGGGCCGUAUGAAGGCCGAAGAUAUAAUUGGCGAUUUGUGCGGAUUUUUCGUGGUCAUUGUAGCGGUCAUUCUGCUGAACGCCUUCCGGGAGAUGGACAUUUCGUUGAACGAUGUAAAGGGGAUCAUGCGUCCGAAACGAGAGCUGCUGCAGUCCAACAAAAACAGUGGACAGUAUGACGAUUUUUUGGUAGAAAACGAACGUAAUGAGAGCCGGAAGCACUACGGGUCCGGCGAUUACAGGAACAUUUGAUACCACAAGGUACCGUGAUUCGUGUUAAUAUAAGCUAAGAGUUGAGUUGAUGUGUGAAUAUAUGAUAGCUUUACUAGGGUACGGACUGACGAUGAAAAAAAGGAGUGAAGAAAUUUGUCCGUUUUCUUAUUUCAAUGGAAAGAAAAAAUAUUGAAGGGUUUCGUGAAUCUGGGCCAAAAGCGUACAUCGAGAAGCUGCAGGAGAGAUUCAACCUAAGCCAAGCCAAAAGGUCGAGAAUUCCGAUGGAUUCCGUUGCUCAUAAGAUCUACGACUUCAGAAUG